CCCGCCUAUCCAACACCUGGAAAGCCGCGGGAGGAAUAAACGCGAGUGGGGAGGCGGGGCUGCCUUCUUGGCCCGCCUCUCCACUUCUGCGAUUGGCUGUGAGGCCUUGGUUCUCCUCCCCACAGGCCUGCGCCUGCGCGAGGCACAGGGUCCGAGUCAAACCUGAUGGUGGGAGGUAGUAACCCUCCGUUCUCUUCCGCGGGCGGGAGAGUUAGAUAGCCACUCAAGAAAACACCAUGAAAGAUACUGACAUCAAGAGACUACUGUAUGUCCAUCUAUUAUGCAUAUUUUCAAUUAUCCUAAGCAUCUUCAUUCCAUCAUUCUUCUUGGAGAACUUCUCAGUACUGGAAACACACUUGACAUGGUUGUGCAUCUGUUCUGUUUCUGUAACUGCCGUCAAUUUAGUAUUGUAUUUAGUAGUGAAACCAAAUGCAUCUUCUAAAAGAAGUUCAUUAUCAUACAAGGUAACCAGAUUUUUGAAAUGCUGUAUCUACUUCCUUAUGUCUUGUUUCUCCUUUCAUGUAAUUUUUGUUCUAUAUGGAGCACCACUAAUAGAGUUGGCAUUGGAAACAUUUUUACUCGCAGUUACUUUGUCCACUUUUACUACUGUACCUUGUUUAUGUUUGUUAGGACCAAACUUCAAAGCGUGGCUAAGAGUUUUCAGUAGAAAUGGGGUUACAUCCAUUUGGGAGAAUAGUCUCCAGAUCACUACAGUUUCCAGUUUUGUAGGAACAUGGCUUGGAGCCUUUCCUAUUCCACUCGAUUGGGGAAGACCAUGGCAGGUCUUAGUUGCGGCUCGCCAGCUCCUUAGUUGUGGCAUGCAAAAUCUUAGUUGCGGCAUGCAUGUGGGACCUAGUUCCCUGACCAGGGAUCGAACCCAGGCCCCCUGCAUUGGGAGUGCGGAGUCUUAUCUGCUGUGCCACCAGGGAAGUCCCUCCAGUUUUCUCUUUAGUGUAAAUUCCUAGGUAAUAAGUGGCUGGGUUAAAUCUCUGAUAUGUAUGUCACUUUCCAAAGGCCCUUGAGGGAUCUGAAUUAUAUGUCUUGCACUUAACUGCCUACUUUUUAAGUCCAUUCUUUGUGCUUUCUAUUAGAUGUUGUGUCUCCUAGACAAAUGAGUUGUUCUUUUACAUUCAGUAAGUCUGGUAGGUUUGCCCUUCUCUACUAUAUGUUAUGGAAAUCCCUGGAGGUUUGGGGUGUGUGGUGUCACUGAUACCCUUCCCAAGGUUAUAAUAUUAAUAAAGGUUUCCUUUGUAUUUUCUUGGCCAUCUCAGUGACCACUGGGAAAUGGGGAUUCAUUUGUACUCAAGUUACAAUCUUAUGGAACUUAAUUUCAUUCAGUAGUGUCAGUGAUUUCUAAAUUGGAGGACAAUCAAAAUCAUUGAAAAGUAUAUACAGGAAAUUGUAUUUUAAUUCCUUAUUUUCAGAUGUAUGCAAUUAAAUCUAAAUACAAAGUAUCGAUAUAUAAAGCACCAUUGGCCCUCAGCUUAUGAGUUGGUAAGGUACUAUGUAAUUAACAUGUUAGUUUGCAUAUAGAUGGAAUAUUUUGGAGUGUAAAAGUUUGAUAUAUUACACUUGUAUAAAUCUUCUCUUUAUAAGACUAUGCAGAAAUAGAUGUUGAAUUAUGGGGAGUAGAUGCCCUUUGUACAAUCUGGGUUUAGGUUUCCGUAGAAAAUAU